AUGGAAAACUUAAAAAACAUUUCUCCAAUUGAUGGGAGAUAUAAACAUAGUUGUAAAGAAAUUGCCGAAUAUUUCUCAGAAUAUGCUUUAAUAAAAUAUAGGAUAUAUGCAGAAAUACAAUGGCUUGUUUUUUUGAAUGAAAAAGGUUUUUUUUUUAAACAGUUAAGUGUACAAGCAAUUGACGAGUUACAAAAAAUAGCAAAUAUAAAUGACGAAGAUGCAUUAAGAUUAAAACAAAUUGAAAAAGAAACAAAUCAUGAUGUUAAAGCAGUAGAAUAUUUUAUUAAAGAAAAAAUAAGUCAAAAUAAUGGUGAACUUGUUAAUAUAAAAGAGUAUGUACAUUAUUUAUGUACUAGUGAAGAUAUAAAUAAUAUAGCAUAUGGUAUAUGCAUAAAAUCGUGUUUAAAUAAUAUAAUAAUACCUCAUAUAGAACAAAUAAUGAAUCGAUUAAAAGAGUUAGCAUCUGAAUACAGUCAUGUUGCUAUAUUAUCGAGAACCCAUGGUCAACCUGCAUCUGCAACAACCUUUGGAAAAGAAAUGGCUAACUAUUUUGAUAGAUUAAAAAGACAUGUAUCUACAUUAAAAAACAUAAAAAUAUAUGGAAAAUUUAAUGGUGCAGUUGGCAAUUUUAAUGCUCAUAAAAUAGCUAAUAAUAAUAUUGAUUGGGUUAAUAAUAUAAAAUAUUUUGUAGAAAAAUAUUUUCAUAUUAAUUAUAGUUUAUAUUGUACACAAAUACAAGACCAUGAUUAUAUAUGUGAAAUUUCAGAUGCAUUAGGAAGAAUUAAUUCCACACUUUUAGAUUUAUCAAUAGAUAUAUGGUUAUAUAUAUCAAAUAAUUUAUUAAAAUUAAAACAUAUAAAAAAUGAAAUAGGAAGCAGUACUAUGCCUCAUAAAAUAAACCCAAUUGAUUUUGAAAACGCUGAAGGAAAUUUACAUCUAGCUAAUGCACUUUUUAAAGCAUUCAGUGCAAAACUUCCUAUAAGUAGAUUACAAAGAGAUUUAUCCGAUUCAACAGUUUUACGAAAUAUUGGGACUUCAUAUGCAUAUUCCCUUAUUUCUUAUAAAUCGAUUUUAAAAGGUUUAGGAAAAAUUGAUAUUAAUGAAAAAGCAGCAUAUCAAGAGUUAAAUAAUAAUUGGAGUACUUUAGCUGAGCCUGUUCAAAUUGUUUUAAAAAACUAUAAUUUUCCAAAUGCUUAUGAAGAAUUAAAAAACUUUACACGUGGAAAAACUAUUGAUAAAGAACUAAUGCAGCAAUAUAUUAAAACAAAAUCUCAAUUCAUACCCCCAAAUUCUAUGAAUCAAUUGUUAGAUCUUAGCCCUAAUACAUAUAUAGGAUAUGCUGAUUAUUUAGCUAGUAAUGUUGAUAAAAUAUAA